AUGCUCGGCGGCCUUAUGCUCUUCAUCGCGACCCUCGCCCUCCUCCACGCGACCUACUCAACAUAUGAGCACCUCUCCCAUUUGAAAGCCCUCGGGCGACCAGAAGGAGCCCUGCCGAGCGACAUUGUGUUCGAGGCAGUUACCGCGCUCGUGCUGGCCAUCGUGGGCGCGACUGUUCGCAGUCCAGCGUUGCGGGAAGUGACAUGGCGGAGCGAGAUGAAACGAAGGGCAGCGGAGGAGCAGCCGGACCCGCGCAUGUCGUUCGCCACGUUCGCCGAGCGGGCGGGCAUUGUACCAAAAGUUCCUGUCAAGUCAUGA